AUGAGCAAACGAGGCAAUUUACCUUAUGCCUAUCAGGACUUGUUUCCUCAGGCAGCCAGUCUGCCUCGAGAGUUCAAAACGCCUGGUUCAAUUUCGGCAACUUCGUUUGCCGAGUCGUCCUCAAGAAAUACAACUAGUGCGUUUGCUCCAGCUAGAACUCCUGAUAGACUUGGAGUGUUGGGCAAUUGGAAAAGAUUGUUCAAAAGACUCUUCAAGCCCAAAACCCUUGACUUUGAAACAGCAACAUGGGAGGUGUUCCACUUGAUCGUGAACCCUAAAAAGAUGUACAGAUCAAACUAUACCUACAAGCAGCAAAAUAGCCGCAAGUCUUCUUACGCCAGAGAUGACCCAUCCUUCUUGAUAUUGCUUACGGUGCUUCUAUCUGUGAGUGCAAUUGCGUGGGGUGCUGCUUACCUGCCUCAUUUUUGGGAUAUUGUGAAGUUGAUCUUUAAUAUGGUAUGCAUAGACUUCUACUUGACGGGAUUCUUCAUCGCCACGAUUCUGUGGCUUCUCACCAAUAAGCUUGCCAAUCCACUGUUUUCUAUCCCGCAUGCAUUCUCAGCUGCUUCAAGGUACAAUGUCAACUACAUCGACUGGACCUUUUGCUUUGACGUUCAUUGCAAUUCCUUCCUAAUGAUCUGGUGUCUAUUAUACUUGUUGCAGUUCUUCUUACUACCGCUUAUAAACAGCAAGAAAUCGUUCAUCUCUCUAUUGUUGGGAAAUACAUUGUACUUUGGGGCGGUCGGUUACUACUUCGUCAUCACUUUUUACGGCUUCAAUUCCCUUCCCUUUUUCAACAGCCUAACCGUCACAAGAUCAGGCUCUGGAACAAAUCCUGCCAAAGUACUACAGCUCAUAAUUAUCGCUGGCAUUCUACCUUUGUUGGCGAUUGUUUGGAUACUCACCGUUGCCUUCCGCGUUAAUGUCGCUUACACGAUGGUAGAUAACUACUUCAACUAA